GCCGCUGGGGCCGAGGCAGCGGCGCGGCCGCGGCGGGUCGGCAGUCGGCGCGCCGCCAUGACGGGACCCGGAGCUGCCGCGUGGCUGUGGCUGGCGCUGGCCGCGGGCGCAGCCGCCGCCGCCGCGCGCCGCUCGCUCGCCUACUGGGGCGGGCUCGGCGCCGGCCGGCCCUCGCAGCCCAUCUGCGUCGACAUCCCGCGCAACAUGAGCCUCUGCCACGGCAUCGGCUACCUCAAGAUGCGGCUGCCCAACCUGCUCGAGCACGACACCAUGGCCGAGGUGUCGCAGCAGGCGGCGUCCUGGCUGCCUCUGCUCAACGUGCGCUGCCACCCCGACACGCAGCUCUUCCUCUGCUCGCUGUUCAGCCCCGUGUGCCUCGACCGCGCCAUCUACCCGUGCCGGUCGCUCUGCGACAAGGUGCGCGUCGGCUGCGAGGCGCGCAUGAACACCUACGGCUUCCCGUGGCCCGACAUGUUCCGCUGCGACAGGUUCCCCGUGGAUAACGACAUGUGCAUCACGCCGCAGGCGCGCGACGACGCCGCCGCCGAUAGUGGCUGCAUAGUGUGCAAUCAAGUUGAAACAUACGAAAACAUACUGGACAACUUUUGCAGAGCAGAUUUUGCUGUGCGGACGAAGAUUCGGAGGCUACGCAAGACUAAGCUGAUAUGCAAGAAGGCGAAGAUCCUGAAGGGCCCGAACGAGCUGAGCAAGCAGCUGCGGCGGCCCGUGCUCCUGCUGCAGGCGGCAGAGUCGUGCUGCGAGGAGAAGGCUCGCAACACGCGCGACGCCUUCCUCAUCAUGGGCCACAGCCGCGACAAGAAGCUCGUGCCCUCCUUCAUCAUGCCCUGGGAGAAGCGCUCCAGGCCACUGAAAACAGCCGUCAGGAUGUUCAAGAAGCUGAACUGCUCUGACCCAAAAUUUUUGACUGGUAUUGGAGAUAAUUUUGUGAACACAAGCAUUGUUACACCUGUACCGAAAAAGAAAAAGCUUCGUCAGUCACGCACCAAUCCACAUUAAAUAGUGCUGAGCGCAUGUGGAAUGUUGCCAUUUCAAGGAACAUUUUUCUGAACACUUUUUAACAGAUGAAUUUUGAUUUCUCUACUUAAAAUAAAUUUUAUAAAUAUUACAUGGAAUAUUAUGUGACUAGGAUUGUAAAUACAUAAUAUGUCUGUGAUAUGUUAAACUGAAGAGUCUUAAUUGAUUUUAUAUGUGGAGAAGUGAUUUGUGUAGCUACAAUACAUUUUAUAUGAAAAAUGGAUGAGAAAGCCAAAGCAUGAUGCUCUGAAGUGGUGAAAAAUGCUGAUGUAUGAAACUGGUAAUGUUUCAUCUCUAUCUGACAGCUGUUGUUUAUAGUUUUACAAAUUCUUACAUAUGCUGUAAUGAAUGGACAUUACCACUUAUCUUACUUGUGUGCAUCCUAAUCUUAAAUAUAAUCAACACUUAAUAUUUAUACCUUCAUGAAAAGGCUUUUCAUGCUAUUGUGACCAAGCUGUUCAUAGAAACAAAAGAAAAUAUAUGUAGAUUUAAUAAAAUUUUAUCUAAUUGCUGUAUAUUGAAUAAAAUGUAUUACUCACAAAUAUGCAUGAGUGAUUUAUUGCCUAGUACAUUCUUUCAACAGCCACAUCUUGUCUCACACAUAACACUUAUGUUAAUAUGAUGUGUAUCACUCACUCAGACUAGCCGUAUAUUUUGGAAUAGAUCCGAAAUUAUUUUACUUCUAUUUUCAUACUGAGUUAAUCUUUUUUAGGCUUUUGAAACUGUGACUAACACUGUAAUUCACAUAUAUUUAAAAUUAUAUUCCCCUCACAGAUAUUUUUAGUCAUAUUCUUUGAAAUAAUAGUUGCUAGUAGAAAAAUUUAUAAUGGGCAGAUUAUAUAAAAUACUGAGCUUAUUCAUACAUUUUAUACAUGGAAGUAUUACAGUGUAUUAAUGAGAUUGUCAAUCAAUGUAAAUACAUUGAAAGAAAAUCCAUUACCUAACAUUAUCAAUAAGACAUUACUCAUUAAUUAAUCAAAUACUGAUAACCUAAUGUAUUUAAUAGAAUUAAUCACACGUUGUAUGGUGAAAUGAAUCAUUUUCCUAUGACAUAUCGUUCUGCCUACUGUUGCAAACAUAUAAUAAUUUCAUGUCAAGGCAUGAAGCAAAACAGUUUUUCAUAUUAGAUGUAAUUAGUUACAAUCCAGGACCUGUUAUAACUGGAUGUGUGAUUCAGUUAAAAGUUCUGAGGAAAACAAGUGCAUACCACAUAAAAUUGUACCAUGCUAAGUAAAGUAGCAGGGUGUUCAAACUAGCCCUCAGGAUGGGAACGAACUUCUCUUUGUUUAUGUGUAUAUGAGAGAGAGAGAGAGGGAGAGAGACAGACAAAUAGACAGACAGAGGUGGGGGGGGGAGAACAAAUACCCAUUAAGAGCUAAAGUAAAAAAUAAGAAUUUUUCAGCAGCAGAAUUCAAGUUGCACAUCAGUAUGGAACAGAAUUAAAAGAAUGAAAAAUUGAGAGAGUGGCAUGCUAAAUGAAAAUCAGUUGACAUUAUGUAGCCUAAAAAUUGACAUAUUUAUUUUUUACUCUAGAGUGAGAUAUUUUCCAUUUUAAAUUUUACACUCUGCUUUGUUUUCUCUGUCCUUUUAUUGUAUAUAUUCAUUAAGAUUUUUUUCCUGUAACACCACUUUAACAGUCUAUAACUGGAAGUGAUGGAUCACAUGACAACCUCCCUUCAGUCUAAUAAUCUUACCUCAUUCUCCUCUUCAUUAAUUACCUCUCAAUCUUUGAUAAAACAAGAAGUCAUAGCUUAACUUUCAGUUUAAAUGAAAUCAUUUCACCUUUCUCCAUAGCAGUUUCACCUCCAUUUCUUUUCAGUUUCAUUUUGAAGCAGCUAAUUAAAAUACUUUUGUAAUGUCAUCUUCAUUUCAAGCAUUAGGCUUUUUUGUUUUGCCUGUUACAGCACCCAUUGCUUCCUCAGUCUUCCAUGACUUCUUCCCCCAAUUGGCUUAAGUCUUCUUGUCUGGACAUGUUAUCUUUGUUCAGUCAUUCUGUCAUUCCAGUUGCUCCUAUUUUCUUGUAUUUUACUGACGAAGUUAAAUAUAUUGAGUUCUUCCAUAAUUUCCAUAUUUCGAAAUCUGUUUUUUAAAUACUGACAGCACCUUUGUUUAUGGUCAUGCUUUUGGAAAAGCUCUCUUUCUCCAGCAGAUGUUAAACAAAUGCAGUAAUCUCUUUUGUAGUAGGGUGCUUCAUAUUUUAACAAUUCAGUGUUUAUACCAACCAUAUCAGUAGCUUUUUCUCUGGAGUUGAGGGCUUUUCUUAACUCAUCUGUACGUACAUCGUCUAACAUGCCAGUUCAAUUCCAUCCUCUAUUUUCUCUGUGGAACACGUUUGUCCACAGGGCCACCACAAUUCCUUGUGAUAUUCUAUCUAUAUUUCUUGUUGAAUGUUAUUUAUUUAAGCAAAAUUUUUUUCUGUUUGAUUUAGCAUUUUCAUUGCCUUAUGAACUGUCGUUUGCUUUCAGUGGUUAUCGUCGUCUGUUACGCUUAUGAGCCAAUCCCAAGAUUCUGAAUGAGCUGUUUCACUACUCUGUUUGCUGCUUUUAUCUCUUCUUUGUAAAUUAGAUGCUUCUUCUCCUUUGACUCAUUCAGAUACUUAAGAUAAGCGUCUUGUUUUUUUUCCUUAAAACUUUAUCUAAUUCUCGUUCCCAAAUUUUUAACCCUUUUUUCAUUCUUAUCUAUGGCUGCUUCAACAGCUUUCUUAACUGCAGUUUUGAGCCGGCUAGUGUGGCUGAGCGGUUCUAGGCGCUUCAGUCCGGAAUCGCGCGACCGCUUCGGUCGCAGGUUCGAAUCCUGCUUUGGGCAUGGCUGUGUGUGAUAUCCUUAGGUUAGUUACGUUUAAGUAGGUCUAAGUUCUAAGGGACUGAUGACCUCAGCAAUUAAGUCUCAUUAUGCUCAGAGUCAUUUGAACCAUUUAACUGCAGUUUCUAUAUUUUUCCAUUCCUUCUCCACUUCUUCUUUCUUCUCUAGUUUUUGAUUAAGUCUCUUCUUGUACAGAUCUCGUAUGCCUUGUUUAUGUAACAGGUAUACUUUGUAGACCCCUCGCUUCAUAUUUUCUUCUGUCAACUUUUUGUUCUUUCUCCACUUCGUUUACAUAUCUGUUUGUGAUAUUACCAAGAAAUGGUCAGAACCUAUGUCACAUACCCUGUACACUCUUGUGUCUCUUACUUUGCCUUCUAAUUUUUCAUUGAUGAUAAUUCAGUCAAUAAGAGAUUUAAUUGCUAGCAUAUUCGUGAACAUCUGUUUUUUGGAAGAAAAGAGUUGGUUAUCUGUAGUUUGUUAAAAGAAACAAAAUCUGUAAGCAAUCUUCUAUUGUUAUUUAUGCCGUUCUUCCAUUUCCCACAAACUGUGGGGUAGGUUUAUUCCCAACCCUUGUGUUUAAAUCUCCUGUCAAUAUUAUUUCAUUCUUGUUGUUAUACUUGUCCAAAACCGACUACAGUUUCUCAUAAAAAUCUAUAGACUCUUCUUUUUCCCUCUUCAUCAGGGGCAUGAACUGUAAAGACAGCCAAGUUUUUCAUUCUUCUUUGUCAGUCACGACUAUAAUUCUUUCAUAUAUAUAACUGUACCCAAUAAUUUUUUCCCAUCUCUUAUGGGUGUAAAGGGCAACCCCCUUGCUUGCUUUCUGUUAUUUUCGUGUUUCAAUAUAUAAUACUAAAUAUUUUCCUACAUGCUUGUUACCCUGUAGCUUUUUCUUUGUUUCUGUUAUGAAAGAAGCUCUGUCAUCUACCUUGGCCUUUUUCAGACUCCUGGCAGCUCUUCUUCUUUGUUUGCUAAACCUUGAUAUUUCAUGUUGCUACCUUAAUUAUAUUAGCACCCUUUUAUUCUUAACCUUUCUCUUCGCUGGGCCUGUCAUCGUUAUAUCUGACCUUGAUUCGAGGCUGUUUUGGGUACUACCAGUAAGGGCAGCUCGUGGGGCUGCCACUUUGCAGCCUUCCAACAUGCCUGAUUUUCUUUUAAUGGUUUACCCCCUUAGGGUGGCUUGCACCGCUACACCUAACAGUCCUCCCUAACCUUUACUUGUAACUGGAGACAACAGGAAAAGUGGAUAUCAGAAGGAUAGGCCUAGAACAGGAGAAAGGUACCAAUAAUCCAUUGUCGGACAGAUGUCAUCUAGCUCCUCCCCUUUGUCCUGCAUGGGUUGGGUCAUCCUCUGACAGCUAAGCUACUACCAGAAUACCCUCCAAAUCCAGAGCACAUAAGCCUCCUCAGCCAUGCAGACAGUGCUACGUUAAGGUGGUGUCCCAUGAGCAGGUAUUUUUGUAACAAUUAAGAAAAAUAGUGAUACCUUCUACAUUUACAUCUAUACUCCACAAGCUAUCUUAUGAUGUGUGGCGGAUGAUGCCUCUGGUGCAAUUGUCAUUUUCCCCUUUCCCUGCUCUUCGCGAAUGGUAUAUAGGAAGAACAACUGUAAAGAAACUUCCAUAUUCAUUUCUGAAUACACGUCAUUUUAAAGAAGACUUUAGUGUUUAUAUAUUUAAGUUUUUACUGGACUAGAACUCCAGUGUCAAUUGUGUUUCGUUUACAAUGUAUUUUAUUUGCAUUGUAAGUUUGAGUAGAAGGUAAUUAGCUUUGAAAAGAAAAGGAAUACUGCUAUAUUUCUCAUCUGAAACGUUCUUGACUGAAGUACUUACCAGUAUCAAAAUUUAGUGUCACAAAGGUUUUGGGCAAUGAGUUGUAAUUCAAUUUUUAGAAUAGACUGUGUAAUCUAUACACUCAAUGAGCUGAAUAACUUUGUUGAAGCAUUUCUGACAUGAUUUACUUGCACUUUUAUAUUGAAUUAUGUAUAAAUAUAUGAAUAAAUAUUCAUUAUAUUGAUCACUUCUCUCAUGACUGCUCUUUUCUUAAAAUCCAAUAUUUUAAGGGGUAAACAUUUAUUUCACAUUAUUUAAAACUUGUACUGAAUGAAAUAUGGUAGAUUUUGUUAUCUGUCCAUUCACAUGACAACCAUCCUAUCAACUUAUACUUUUAAUAUUAACAAUAUUACACUGAAAUCCAAUAUUUAGUGUCUUCUAGGUAGAUUUUCAUAUUUCAUAUACUUCUUUUAUUUUGGAGUCAGAAAACAUACACAGAAAUCUCCUCAUACUAUUGUACUUUCAAUGUGAAGUACAUCAUUCGAUGUUCAUUUGUAAAAGUGUUCCACAUCAAAACACAAGCAGCAUGAAGUCAUCAAGGGUAACUAAUUAUUAUUCUUUGUGUCACUGAAAAAAACUACAUGCAGCAGAAAAUAAAAAUUUGUUCAUUUGAAAUGCAACUUUUCACAGCACUGGCACCACACACAUUCAUUUCUAAAAAAUUGCUAUGUAUUUUUGUCAGCAACUUCUGAAUUUUACUUUUUAUGUCAUAUAUUAAGACCUGCAAGUGCAUAACAUAAAUAUUGUGGAAACUAUACAAACAUGUACUACAAAACAAAAUUUAGCUCUAUUUAUUAUAAAAUUAUCUUAUUACAAUGACUUCAGUUCCAACAGUAGAUUACAGUAUGUGUUCUUUUAUUCAUGUAAAAUAUUAGAAAAUUUUAAUUGACAUGUAUAUAAGUCAUAGAUGACCAAAGAGAUCCCCUGCAAAUUACAGCAAAGUUUUAAUUCCUCAUGAUACAUUAUUUGAACCCCAGGGAAGAGUGAAAGUAUUAGUGAGAAGAAAAAGCAAAAAUUUAUGCAGUUUAGUUAUCUGCAAUGUGUAGCUAUGUAUCAGUUAUUGCCUCUCAGGAAUGAUGAAUAUUUCAGUCAGCUAUUCAUAUUGUGAUUCCACAUAAUCAAUGAAUGUAAGAAAUUUAUUCCAUAGCUUUAGCAUUUCUUUUUAAAUUUUAGGUAGCAAAGAUUAUUCUUUUAACAUUUAAAUGGAAAGUAUAGAUUUCAAUAUGUGAAGGCUUCAGAUGCUAUAGGUUUCACCAAUCACACCUAUAUGUUCAUAGACAGUUCUAUUCAGUUCCAUGGUAUAGCUUUCUCCUAACCAUUUGGUAACUCUUAAAUUCCCUCUACUAAGUAAUCAAUACCUACAAAACAAUAUUGUGACAUUAAUGAAGGAAAAACACAUGCUAAUAUCUGCACAUGAAGCAAAUGUUACUGAGAACUACUACCAUCAAAAGUGUCAGUGAUAAUUCCUGUCACCUGUAAUUAGAAUGAAAAUGAGGGCAGUAGUUUUGUUUAUGUUUAUCUGAAUUUUACUGUGUUUAUCUAAUUCUGUAUAUGUAUACUCCUUCACUUAACAUGUGUAUUAUUUAUGUAAUAAAACUAUAAAUAUGGACAACUGGCUUAAAAUUAUUGGUUUAAACCAAUUAAUGUUCCAGAUUUAUAGUUACUAGUGAGAGAUUGUGUGUGAUUAAGAAUAAACUAUUAUAAAAUAAUAGUGUUUGUAAAGAUGCAUACCAAGCUGGUGUCAUUGAUUUUGAACCAAUAUAGUAUAUCUGUCUUGUCUAAUGUAAUUCAAAUUCCAAUAUACCACAUGACAUUGAUUAAGAUGCUAAUUACUCUGUUGCAUUUAUGAAAAUUGUAUUCUAACAUUAUCUAAUAGACUGUACUUAUGUCAACAGUAAUAAUGUAAAAAUAAAAGUCAUACAAAAAUAUAUCUCCACAACUAUAUUAA